AAUCCAAAGAUGAAGACUUGACCUCUAAUAGUCUAGUGUACCUCUCAUCCGAAUUCAUGUGCAUUUUAUUUCCGAGCCCCUAGUUUUUGGAAAUGCUCUAAUCGUAGCAUAGAUUAAUCAUCAAGCACUAUUUUAUUUUAUUUUAUUUUUUUCCAUGGCCAUUCUUCAGCUCCAUACAACUCAACACACUCUGUUUACAGUACUUGUUUUUCUUCUUCAGUUUUCAUCUUCACUCGGGUACAAAUUCCCAGAUAAGUACUUCAUCAAUUGUGGGUCAAGUAGCGAUGUUACUGAAAGUGGUAAGGGUUAUGUUGGUGAAUCAAACCCUGACUACCCUGCAACGCAUUUUACCAACAGCAAGACAGAGAGCAGUGAGUCAUCCGUGUCUUCUCCUCUCUACCAAACAGCAAGGAUUUUUAAAAAUGAAUCUUGGUAUGAGUUCAGCACGGAGACAAACGGCACCUACCUGCUACGCCUCCAUUUCUUCGCUUUCUCUUCCUCGAGUAAUCUUUCCUCUGCUAGGUUUAACGUUUCCAUUCCUAGGUUCUGGCUGUUGAAAAAUUUCGAUGCCAGCAAUGGUACUAACAACUCUGUUUUAAUAAAAGAGUUUUUCAUGAAAAGCACUGCCUCCAGCAUCAGAAUCACCUUCAGACCUCUGUCAUCAUCAUUUGCGUUUGUGAAUGCUAUAGAACUAUUUGUACUGCCCCUCCUUUUGAUCGCAAAUGAUGUCACGGGUUUCAAUUAUAAUCGCCGUCCCUUAGGCUUAAAUUAUUACAGUGGUUUGCUCACUCGGGUGUUAGAGACCAGACACAGGCUUAAUGUCGGUGGCCAACCAGUCGCAAGGGACCAUGAUAAUUUACUCAGAAACUGGAUUACAGAUGAUAGGUAUCUCACGAAUCCAGCAAACGCUAAGAAUAGUACCCCUUAUGAAGGUCAAAUUCAGUACCAUGUGAGUGAUGACUCUGAUGGUCCAAACUCAGGUAAAUUUACUGCACCAAGUGAUGUCUACGGAACUGCUAAAGAGAUCAACAACAACACUAACCUGUCAAACAUCACGUGGAGUCUGCCGGUAGAGAAGAACACGGAUCAUCUCCUUCGCCUUCACUUCUGUGACUUUUGGAAUCAACAGGCUUUUCUUACAAUUUUCAAUAUGUUCAUUUACGACAGCUACUUUAUGCAAGUGAAUAAUGACACCAUUGUAUCUAGUCAGGUGCCUGCUCCUUGUUAUUAUGAUUUUGUGGUUACCUCUGAUGAAUCUGGGUUUAUGAACAUCAGUGUAGCACCUAUUAUUGCAAAUGUUUCCAAACCGAAUGCAUUUUUAAAUGGGCUAGAAAUAAUGAAAGUGAUUGAGUCCUCAGAUUCUGUUCCCAUGGACCUGGAGCAAUCCAAUCACAAUAAUCUUCCAUUGGUGCUGGGUUCAAUUCUUGGAGGUUUGGUCAUGAUAUUUGUUGUGAUGGUGCUUCUGUUUCUCUGGCCUGUUAAAAUCAGAAGGCAAAAGCGCGUUGAAAAUUCCAAUCCACUGUCAAUUCUCGUUACUGCUGGAGGGAGUUCUCACGCCAUAAAUAUUAGACUCAAACUUCCUUUGCUUGAUCUUCGAUUGGCAACAAACAACUUCGAUGCAAAUCAAAUAAUUGGCACGGGUGGUUUCGGCAGCGUGUAUAUGGGAGUUCUAAAAAAUGGCCUGAGAGUGGCUGUGAAAAGGAGUGAGUCAGGGUACUCAGGUCAAGGCCUUUCUGAAUUUCAGACGGAGAUCAUAGUUUUGUCCAAGAUUCGUCACAAACACCUUGUUUCCUUAAUUGGGUAUUGUGACGAAAGAGGUGAGAUGAUAUUAGUUUACGAGUUCAUGGAAAAAGGGACACUGAGAGACCAUUUGUACAAUACAAAUUUGCCAAGCUUAUCUUGGAAGCAGAGGCUUGAAAUUUGCAUUGGAGCCGCCAGAGGUCUUCAUUAUCUUCACAAAGGAGUUGCUGGGGGAAUCAUUCACCGCGACGUGAAGUCCACCAACAUAUUGCUUGAUGAGAAUUACGAGGCUAAAGUAGCUGACUUUGGCAUUUCAAGAACAGGUCCAGUUAAUCUUGAACCAUAUGUCAGCACAGAUGUUAAAGGCACUUUUGGGUAUCUUGAUCCUGAGUAUUUCAGGUUGCAAAAAUUAACAGAAAAAUCUGACGUGUAUUCAUUUGGGGUAGUUCUUCUGGAAGUUUUGUGCGCAAGACCAGCCAUUGACCCAUCGCUUCCAAGGGAGCUGGUGAAUUUGGCUGAAUGGGGAUUGUUUUGCAAAAACAAGGGGAUACUCGAUCACAUCAUUGAUCCUUCCAUCAAGGGCCAAAUUGAUCAAAACUCGCUAAGAAAGUUUAGUGAGACGGUAGAAAAAUGCUUGCAAGAAGAUGGUUCUGAUAGGCCAACCAUGGGUGAGGUGUUGUGGGACUUGGAGUAUGCACUGCAGCUUCAGAGAGGUGCAAAUGCAAUACAAAGAGAGCCUCACGAGGAUAGUUCAAGCAGUGCUUCUGCAUCACUUCAAUUGCCCAAUGUUAGGUGUCUUCCUUCACUAUCCACUCUAAGCGAAGUGGAUGGCUCGUCCAUUGUGUGGGGUGAAGAAUUCGAUGGUGCAGCAAUAUCCAAUGAAAAAUCAUGAUGAGGCUGACGCAAUAUCAAAUUCAAACCCUUCCAGCCAUAGUAAGUAAUUCCCAAAUUGAGAUGGCAAAUAGAAGAUUAAAAUGUAGGCAAAUUUUGUUCGGGAGAGAAGCUCGGCUGGUUGAUAAUGCUGAAUAGUUGGAAUUUGGUAUUUGUGGGCAAAUUUUUCAAAAUGAAACACUAAAUUAAAAUAAAGUAAAAUUUUUAUAAUUGUUAGUAAGGCUUACUGCAUAUUAAUUAAGGACACAUAUAUUAGGUUAUAAUUAUUCUUCGUAAAGUCAUUCAUUAUAAUACAUAUUGGAAAACUUGAGUCCAAAC